GAGAUUUGCUGAGAGAAGCUCUAAGCGGGACCCUUCAGUUUAACAACGGAGAGGAGCGCAAGAAGCAGCCAAGAUGGAUGAAAUGGAGGACAACACCACGGUUCUGUCCACUCUGCGAUCAUUCAAUAAAUUUAUCUCUCAGCCAUUUGAAAGCACCCCACCCAGUGCCAACACCUCCACCAUGUCCGGGGGUUCCCUACAGAUGCAGUUCAAUCAGAGAUUCAUGUUAGAGGAACAGGCCGCCCAGAUCUGCUCCAAGUCGCAUCUUAUCCAAAUGGAGAGAGAAAAGCUUCAGAUGGAAGUGGGCCAUAAGCGGGCUCGCAUUGAACUUGAGAAGGAAGCCAGCACAAAUGCGAGGAAUUAUGAGAGGGAGGCAGACCGGAACCAAGAUCUUCUCAACCGGAUCAGAGCUCUGGAGGAAAAGGAGAAAGAGUUACAAAGCAAGCAUCAGGAACUGAAUGAAAUGAACAAGUCCUGUAAGAAGACAAUUGAAUCACAAAGCAAGAAACUGCUAGAAAAGGAGCAUACAUUGGCAGAGGUUAAUCAGGAUUUAAGUGAAUUGAAGGGAAAGGUGUCUGAGCUCCAGCUUAAUAUCAUGAACCAAGAAAUGCAGAUAAAGACUCAAGACUCAGAGAAACAGGAGCUAACGGAACAGCUGGAUAUGCUUCGCAAAAAGUUGCAAGACUGUAACCAGAUAAAUCAUACAUUACAAGACACGGAAGCAGAACUUGUGGACGCUCAGUUAAAGAUUAAGACUCUUGAGCAGCAGUUGUUUUCUCAGGAGCAGGAAUCCACAAUAGUCAAGAGUAUGAAAUCUGACCUGGACAAACUUCCUAAGCUUGAGAGAGAACUGCAGCAGCUGAGAGAAGAGAAUGCUUACCACAGGGAAAUGAAGGAGAAUAAUGCGCUACUAAAAGAAGAGGCGGAAGGGCUGCACAAAAAGCUAGAACGAUAUGAGAGGAUGAAAGAAGAAAUGGUGGCCAUAGAGAUUGAGAAGGAAAAAACUUUGAAGAAGUUGAAGAGCUGGGAAAACCUGGAACAAGCAACUGGUCUGAACAUCAAGACUCCAGAUGAUCUCUCUGAAAAGAUCUUUGUCAUACAGCAGCGAGAGAUUAAAUUAAAAGAAGAGAAUCUGAGUAUUAAAAACAGUGCCCGAAUGUUAGAAAAUGCACGGCAUAAACUUCAGGAUGAGCUUAUGAAAUUGCAGAAUAGCUUCUUAGAAGAGAAAAAGAGAAGAGAAGUGCAGGAUGCACUAGUAAGACGCCUUCAGAAGAGGGUGCUGCUGCUCAGUAAGGAAAGAGAUGGAAUGAGGGCAAUACUGGAUUCCUAUGACAGCGAGCUGACCCCAUCUGAACAUACUCCUCAGCUCAGCCGCCGUCUCCGUGAGGCUGAAGAAAUCCUGCAGAAAGUUCAUGGGCACAAUGCUGAGAUGGAGGUACAGUUAUCACAGGCCCUGGAAGAUGUCGGUUUGCAGAAGCAGAGAGCUGAACUUCUAACAUCGGAACUGAAACUCUUGAAGUCUCAGAUGGGUACAGCAGACCAGAGCCUCUCCAUCAACAAUGAGACCGUCAACUCUCUCAGGUUGAAAAUUGAGGAGCUUGAAGCUGAACGGGGCCGGCUAGAGGAGGAGAACAAAAUCCUGGAGAUGAGGCUGGAGAGACUAAGUCUUCAGGGUUCUUAUGAUCCAACCAAACUAAAAGUGAUUCAUCUGAGCGUGAAUCCAGCUCAGAAAGCUCAGCAGCAACGAAAAGAGGAAGUGCAGCAACUGCAGGAAGAGUGCAGCAAGCUGAGAAAACUGGUUAAGAUACUGGAAGGAGGGUCACCUGUUCCUGUUAAACUGGAGGCUGCAGGAAGCAUUCAGUCGUCUUCACAGGAAGUUACAGAACUGAAGAAACAAGUCGAGAGUGCCGAACUGAAAAACCAACGACUCCGCGAAGUCUUCCAGAAAAAAAUCCAUGAAUUUCGGUCUGUAUGCUACAUGCUGACCGGGUACCGCAUCGAUAUAACCACUGAGAACCAGUACCGACUGACUUCCAUGUAUGCCGAGCAAAAGGAUGAUAACCUGAUUUUUAAGUCAACCAACUCAAGUGGAGGAAAGCUGCAACUUCUGGAAACCAACUUCUCCUUGACCUUACGUGACUUCAUUGAUCUUCACCUCCAUCACCAGAACAGUAUCCCGGCAUUCCUCAGUGCCGUCACCUUGGAUCUCUUUAGCCGUCAGACCUUCGCCUAAAGUGUAUCAAUCCAUGUCCCUUACUGUCUGCAUUUUGUAUCGGCACACA